UGAGUAGCGCGGCACCUACCAGCAAGUUCUUUGGCUAUAUAAAGGUUGAGAGCGUGGGUGUUCUGAGACAAGGAAAGCCCAACUGGGUCGAGACACGGGAGGCUGAUGGAUAGGAGAGGAAGGGACGAGGCCUCCAUGGCCUGCCUUGUUUCCACUCUCAUGGUAGUCUUUGUCUCUCUGAGCUUGCCUCUUCAGACACAAGCAAAUUAUCACUACUCUCCUCCCCCAUCACCAACACCAUCCAAGGAACACCCUUACCCAUACAAGUCUCCACCACCACCACCUCCUCAUGUUUACUACUAUAAAUCACCACCACCACCACCACCACCUCAUCAUGUCUACAAGUAUAAGUCACCACCACCACCUCCUUACCACUAUGUAUCACCACCUCCACCUCACCAUGCCUACAAGUAUAAGUCUCCUCCACCACCUCCUUACCACUAUGUAUCACCACCUCCUCCUCAUCAUGCCUACAAGUAUAAAUCUCCACCACCACCCCCUUACCACUAUGUAUCACCACCCCCACCUCAUCAUGUCUACAAGUAUAAAUCUCCACCACCCCCUCAUUACCACCCUGCUCCUGGUUACAAAUACAAGUCACCACCUCCCCCUCAUCAUGUUUACAAGUAUAAAUCCCCACCACCCCCUCGUUACCACCCUGCUCCUGGCUACAAAUACAAGUCACCACCUCCCCCUCAUCAUGCUUACAAGUAUAAAUCCCCACCACCGCCUCAUUACCACCCUGCUCCUGGUUACAAAUACAAGUCACCACCGCCCCCUCAUCAUGUUUACAAGUAUAAAUCUCCACCACCCCCUCAUUACCACCCUGCUCCUGGUUACAAAUACAAGUCACCACCGCCCCCUCAUCAUGUUUACAAGUAUAAGUCUCCACCACCCCCUCCUUACCACUACAAAUCACCACCUCCUCCUCAUCAUGUCUACAAGUACAAAUCUCCACCACCCCCCACCAUCAAAAGCCACCUUGUCCUCCCCCAUCUGUCUAUAAAUAUAAAUCACCACCACCCCCUCCCUACCAUUACAAAUCACCACCCCCACCCCCUCCUGUAUACAAGUAUAAAUCACCACCGCCACCUCCCUACCACUACAAGUCACCACCACCUCCCCAUCCAGUCUACAAGUACAAGUCUCCUCCUCCUCCUCCUCACUAUUAAGCGGCACAACAGCGCCAGCAAAGAGGGGAAAAUGAAGACUUCUCCAGAUGGUUGCCAUAUGUAUAUGAACCAGCAUCAAGUGCUGGUUUUGCUAGGGUUAUGAAGAGUAGAAUAAAGCAAUCGAGGUUCCUUCAACAGAAGAAGUGGCCCAAUGUUUCUAGGGGUGAUGUUUCUAUGGAGUGAAUAAAGUUGCUUUCUAUCGUGUAAUGUGGAAGCAUCUGCUUGUUAGCUGGAAAAAGUGGAAAGAGGAGAUAAGCAUAUGUACUCGCUCUUUUCUUCUUUGGAACUGUAUUUUUAUUUGUAUCUUGUCAGAUUGAUCUAUGUAUUUUCUUCAACCCGUCCACUUUGUCAAGUUGCACCCCAAGAGUUAUUACAAUGAUAACUGUACUGGCAAGAAGCAUGUCCAGUUGUUAA